UAUUGAUAUUUAGAUUUUUUAAUAAUAAAUGUCCCUUGAAAAAUAAGAAUCUAUAUAACAUCAAAAUAUAACGAAUUUUUAUUACUUGUGAAACUAAAUACAUAACACUAUAUUAUACUCAUUAAAUUUCGGUCACUUAUUCAGGUAAAUCACUUUGAAAAAAACAAUGUAUUUGCGAUUCCAAAUAAUUCUGUCAUUUGGGCUAAUAUUUUCAUCAUCAGCACUGAUUAACCUUGCCCAAGUCAGCAAUUUUUUGUCAUCCAAUAAUUUACCACAAGCACAGAAUGCAUUCCAUAAUUGCAUUGCUAAUUUAAAAAUAAAUGGUUUUGAACAAAGGAAUUAUGACGAAAUCAAUCAAUAUUUAAGUAGACUGAGGGAUGAUAUAAUUUCCCGUAAAAUUAAACUAGAAAUAAUGAGUGAAAAAAUAGCUGAAUUUCUAAAUUUAGAUAUAUCUAAUAUUGAAGAAAAGUUUGAAGAGUGUUGUACAAUUUUCCACGAAACUUUGUUUAGAGUAGAAAAUGUCAUGUUAAAAGAAAGUGACAAUUUGGAAAUAUUCAGACGCAAAUUAACUAUGCGUUUUAAUCCAGCAUAUGAAAUUCUGCAAGAAUGCAUAAAGAAGUAUUCCCUGGUUGGAAAUGAUACGACAGACCUUGAUUGUUACUCAAAAGAUCCAAGUGGAGAAAAUUUUCAUGACUUUACAAUCAGACAUAUAUUUGACAUUGUUUCUGGUGAAGAUAAACCAGAUUUUUGCAUUAGUUAUUUUAAGAACUACAUAUUUAACGACAAUGUACCUUUCUCAAGGUAUUGUUGUGCUGUUUAUUACACGUAUUUGGUUUUAGAUGAUUCCACUUUAAAUCAAGAUUUGGGAACUAGUGAUAGAACUCAAUGAAUUCUAGAGAGAAUUUAUGGUAUCCGAACUCCCCUCUCUCAAUUUUUUCAAUGUAUUAGAUAUUUUUAUUAUAACUUUUAACAUUAUUCAUAAAUUAUUUUUUUCAAAUUAAAAAUUCAUUAAUGAUCAUUA